AUGUCGUUUUCGCCCAUACCGCGGCGACCAAGUCACCUUGGGCCUGCUCCAGCUUCUGCCGUUCCAACAAGACCCGUAUUUAAUCCGCGCUCAUCAUCCCUUUCCAUACACUCCAGCGACUCGACAACAUCAUUGCUAGCAUCGGCCCGCAGACCAAAUGGGUCGGCCCUGAAGAACUCGCAGAAGGCCCCCGGUGCAACAGACCCUUUGACUGUGCUCGACAUUCUCCUGGGCUCCGAAGCACCUGAACUGGAUCUGGUCCAGGCCCAGGCUCAGGAUCACCUGGGGAAAGACGCUGUUGGCGAUACAUAUGCGCAUGAGUGGGAGUGGGAGAGCGAGUUGGAUUUCGAGGGUCGGAGUCUGCGCGAAUUGUUGGCACCGCAAAGCCCAUAUUCAGAGGAGGAGCUGCUGCACCCCCCCACCCGAACCGUUGAAGAGUUCGAACAGGAUGAAGCUAAAUUUGAACAUCUCCACCAUUCCAUCCGUGACUGCGACGAUGUAUUGAAUUCUGUCGAGAUGAAUCUGACAAGUUUUCGGAAUGAUCUUGCCGCAGUAUCGGCCGAGAUUGAGACAUUGCAGGCUCGAUCAACCGCACUCAGCGUCAGGCUAGAAAACCGAAAGAUCGUGGAGAAUGGCCUCGGCCCAAUAGUCGAAGAAAUCAGUGUGUCGCCCGCUGUAGUGAGGAAAAUUGUCGAGGGCGCCAUCGAUGAAGCCUGGGUCAGAGCAUUGGCCGAGGUCGAGAAGCGAUCCAAGGCCAUGGACCUCAAGUCCAAGGAAAAUCGAAACAUCAAAGGCAUUAAGGAUCUGGAGCCUCUGCUGGGGAAUCUCAUUGACAAGGCCCUGGAAAGAAUCAGGGACUUCAUGGUAGCCCAGAUCAAAUCUUUGCGGUCACCCAACAUCAACGCCCAGAUCAUACAACAGCAAAAUUUGAUCAAAUACAAAGAUCUCUAUGCCUUUCUGUACAAACAUCAUCCUCAGCUGGCGGAGCAGAUAGGCCAGGCUUACAUGAACACAAUGCGCUGGUACUUUUUGAACCAGUUCACCCGGUAUGUCAAAGCACUCGAGAAGAUCAAGCUCCACGCAAUAGACAAGCAUGAUGUGCUUGGAGGGGAUGAUGGGUCUCGGAAAUCCAACCUUCUUUCCAGCGCCAAGCCAACUGCUUCCCACGAUGCCUUCAAUCUAGGACGGCGGAUCGAUAUGCUGAGAACGUCGAACCAAACGGCUCUUUCUUCCUUCCUUGCCGAGGAAGAGAAGUCUACCCACUACAUGGAAGUUGUGUUUCGAAACUUCAAUCUUGCCCUCGUCGACAACGCCUCGGCAGAGUAUUCCUUUCUGACCGCUUUCUUCGCGCCUUCGUUGUCUUACGCAGCUAUAUCCCGGCACUUCAACUACAUCUUUGAACCGACGUUUUCCCUUGGUAACAACCUGACCAAAUCUCUGAUCCACGAAACUUUUGACUGCUUGGGCCUUCUUCUAUGCGUGAGGUUAAAUCAGCACUUCGCGUUCGAGCUCCAGCGUCGUAAGAUACCCGCCGUCGAUGGAUAUAUCAACGGCACCAAUAUGCUUCUCUGGCCUCGAUUCCAAGUCAUUAUGGAUCAGCAUUGCGAAUCGGUUCGAACCGUCACAAACGGAGUGUCGACACGGAAACCUUCGGCCUCCGAGCAAGCGAGACAGUCGGCAGCGCCUCAUUUCAUGACCCAGCGAUUUGGCCAGUUCAUGGCAGGGAUACUAUCCUUGAGUACAGAGGCUGGAGACGACGAGCCAGUCUCGGCCAGUCUGAUGAGAUUGAGAAGUGAGAUUGAGGCAUUCUUAACGAAGACGAGCAAGGCCAUUGGGGACGCGAGGAAGAGGGAAAGAUUUCUCUACAAUAACUACUCUCUCAUUCUCACGAUUGUUGGGGAUGUCGAGGGCAAGCUCGCAUUGGAACAGCAGGAGCAUUUGCAGGGUCUUAAAUCAGCAUUUGGGGAGGUCGCCCGUUGA